AUGGCUUCUAUGCCCUCCCCAGCAGAGAUCCUGUAUCAGGAAAAACACAUCUCUGAUAACAAAGUCCCCAAUAUCAUUGCAACGAAUGCCAUUUGCUUUCCCAUUGCUUGUGCUGCUGUUCUCUUAAGAUUCCUCUCUCGUCGGUCGAGCAAGAUCAGAUAUGAAGCAGAUGAUUGGCUAAUUGUUGCUGGGCUGCUCUUUACACUCGGCAUUCUCAUAUGUGAUUGCGUUGGUUUACAUUUCGGGUCUGGGAAACAUCUGAUCCUUCUCAAAAAUCCCGCAGGCUUCGCUCAGGUGCUUAUUUCCGCCGAAGUCAUCUAUAACUUUGCUAUGUUCACCAUCAAAGCUUCAAUCUUGUACUUAUACAAGAGAGUUUUCUUCGUCAGCCGCAACUUCGUCAUCAUUCUAUGGGUAGUCGGCAUCUUCGUUGCUUGCUACAGUAUCACGCAGGUCUUUGCAGCCAUCUUCCAGUGUAUGCCGAUUGACUCCAACUGGAACCCUUUGGUCAAACACUAUUGCAUCAAUACUGAUAUCGGAGCGACCAUCAUCGCGGCCUUCAACGUCCUGACUGACUUUGCAAUCUUGAUUUUGCCAAUGCCCUUACUGUAUGCGCUGCAAAAGCCCACGAAGCAGAAGAUCCAAAUCAUGGGCAUGUUCCUUCUUGGUGGUUUCGUCUGUUUUGCCAGCAUCUAUAGGUGCAUUGUCAUCCACGAGCUCUCUCAUGCAGACCCCAGCUGGUCCGAUGUCCCUGUCAAUAUCUGGACAAUGGUCGAACUAUGCAUUGCCAUUGUCAGCGCCUGCUUGCCUACGACGCGUCCCUUGUUUAGUCGCGCCACUGGCAAAUUCGGCUCCGGGUCAGGAGAAAGCGGAAUGAAGACCAGUCCGGGUUCUGAUCCAAGCUUGAACCUACAGCAGACCCCCUCUGACCCAAGUCAGUCGAGGAAAUUUGCGCACAUUGGUGUACUUGGGGAUCUUGAGCAUGGUCAGACUCGGGAAGUCUCGCCCUCGGAGAAGAUUUGA